AUGAGUCAUCACAGCAUUAUGGCUGGUGGUGGUUUUGUUGCUAGUGAUGUUAAAAAUUAUCCAGAAAAGGUCACUUGGGAUGUGGUAAUUGCUUGUAUUCUUGGAGCCAUGGUGGCUAAUUUUUUGGAUAUGGCAUUGGUAUCUCCGGUAUUGGUUUUUCCAGUCAGUCUGUGCCAGUUACCUCUCAGAUAUGGCUCCAUCAAGAUACUGUGGUGCUUUCACCAAUGUGUUCCAGACUUCCAGUUAGCAAUCACAAUUGAAAUUUUGAUAGUUAAUGUUGUCAACUUCUUGACCCCUAAGAUUCCUGGAGGACUAGGAUGGCGUAUUGUUCAAGCUGCUCUUAUUGGAUGGAAAUUUGGAACAUCUGGAGAUGUGACUCAAUUGUCAGAUUGGUAUCCAAUGCAAGUAUAG